AUGAAAAUUUCUUACAUGGAAAACAACUCUAAUGGUACUGCUGGCUUUAUACUCCUUGGAUUCCCCUGUAGCAAAGAGGUUCAGAUCCUCCUCUUCAUAUUUUUCCUAUUCAUCUAUAUCCUGACCCUCAUAGGAAAUGGUUCUAUCAUCUGUGUCGUGCAUGGGAACAAGCGACUUCACACCCCCAUGUAUAUUCUCUUGGCCAACUUCUCCUUUCUGGAGAUCUGGUACGUCACUUCUACUGUACCCAAUAUGUUGGCCAACUUUCUUUCUAAGACCAAGACUAUCUCUUUCUCUGGAUGCUUCCUUCAGUUUUACUUCUUCUUCUCCUUAGGUGGUACAGAAUGUUUUUUUCUGGCCAUUAUGGCAUUUGAUCGAUAUUUGGCCAUAUGUUGGCCUUUGCGUUAUCCCACUAUCAUGACAGGACGUCUCUGCAUCAACCUGGUGGUCACCUGCUGGGUGUCUGGAUUUCUAUGGUUCCUAGUCCCCAUCAUCCUCAUCUCCCAGUUGUCCUUCUGUGGAUCCAAGAUCAUAGACCACUUUCUUUGUGACCCAGGUCCUUUGCUAGCACUCACUUGCACCAGGGCCCCUUUGAUAGAAUUUGCUUGUUCUAUUGUGAAUUCUUUGCCACUGUUUAUUCCUUUCCUUUUCAUCAUGGGAACCUAUGCCUUGGUCCUGAAAGCUGUAUUGAGAGUCCCUUCAGCAGCAGGUCGACGCAAAGCCUUUUCCACCUGUGGAUCCCAUUUGGCUGUGGUUUCACUAUUCUACGGCUCUGUGAUGGUAAUGUAUGUGAAACCAACAUCAGGCCAUGAAGCAGGAACACAAAAGAUUGUGACCCUCUUUUAUUCUGUGGUGACUCCAUUCUUAAACCCUCUGAUCUACAGUCUUAGAAACAAGGACAUGAAGGAUGCCCUGAAGAAAAUACUGAGCAUCUGA